AUGGGGGGAGCGAAUAUCUGGAACGCCGUGCAAGUAGCAGAGAGUCACAGCUCCGAGAUUCCGUCGUCUUCUCUCACCGUCGACCACUCGCUCUCACUUUCCGACAUGAAGCCUCGUAUCGUGGAGUUAUGCAAGGAUCUGUUCGAGCAAUGGUCAGAUUUGGAUGAGUCUGAUUUCUCUCUUGAGACUGUGUCUGGUGGCAUCACAAAUCUAUUACUCAAGGUAUCUGUGAGAGAAGAAAACGAGAGAGUUGUAAACUUGACAGUUAGAUUGUAUGGACCAAAUACUGAAUAUGUUAUCAACCGCGAAAGAGAGCUACAGGCUAUUCCACAUCUCUCAGCUGCUGGAUUUGGUGCUAAGUUGCUUGGAGUUUUUGGCAAUGGCAUGGUGCAAUCAUUCAUUAAUGCGCGUACCCUUACUCCAUCAGACAUGAGAAAGCCAAAGCUUGCGGCUGUAAUUGCAAAACAACUUCGCAAAUUCCACCAGGUGGAAAUUCCAGGUUCAAAAGAACCUCAACUGUGGAAUGACAUCUUCAAGUUCUUUGAAAAAGCAUCAAGCCUCAAGUUUGAUGAUAGCGAGAAGCAGGAAAAAUAUGAGACAAUUUCCUUUACUGAAAUUCAUCGUGAGGUCACAGAGCUCAAGGAAUUGACAGACCCCAUUAAUGCCCCUGUUGUAUUUUCUCACAAUGAUUUACUUUCUGGGAACUUAAUGCUUAAUGAUGAUGAAGAGAAGCUUUAUUUCAUCGACUUUGAGUAUGGGUCUUACAGUUAUAGAGGUUUUGACAUUGGGAAUCACUUCAACGAAUACGCUGGCUAUGAUUGUGACUAUAGCAUGUACCCGAAUAAGGAUGAACAGUAUCACUUCUUCAGGAACUAUUUAAAUCAAGAUCAACCGCACGAGGUAUCUGACAAAGAUCUUGAAGCUCUCUAUGUGGAAACAAAUGCAUAUAUGUUGGCUUCACACUUGUACUGGGCACUAUGGGCUUUAAUCCAGGCGAAAAUGUCUCCAAUUGAUUUUGAUUAUUUUGGCUACUUCUUCCUGCGAUACGAUGAAUACAAGAAGCAGAAAGGCAAGUGUUUCUCGUUGGCACAAUCUUACCUCUCAAAAUCUGAGACUAAAUAA